AUGGCUGGAACAUCACAGGAUGACAAUGACAGCAAUAUAGAGUUUGAGAAUGAACCAAUAGAAGUGAAGUAUGAUCCACUGUUGGAUGCAUUCAGGGAAGUACAUGCUGAAGCAAUGCGACUGCAAUACAAGGUUAAUCGACUCAACUUUGAUAGGAGAGAUUAUGAGCAUAGAAUUAAUAGCCUUGUGUCUGAAAAUGAGAAACUAGAAAAGGAAUUGAAUCAUGCUUUUUUAUCUGCUAAAGAGAUUAAAAUUGAAACUAUUACAGUAGAGAAACCUUGUGAUAAAUUUCCUACACAUGUUGAGCAAAUAGAUUACUUGACUAGCAGCCAAUACUGGGCCAAGUCUGAGUUUGAAGGAAUUGUAUUAAAAGGUUUAAGGAUUGUAAUAAAGCUGUUGAAAGAACAAAGGGAAAGAUCACAACCCAAUGAGGAAAUUUCUGAAGGAUCACUAUCCGAGGAAGAAGACACUCUUGAGAGCUCUAACAAAGAAAGUACAGAUGAAAAUAACAGAGGAGGAAAGGACCGAGGAUAG